GGAUGUCCUUGACCUGCGAGGGCCGGGGAGGGUGCUGUGGAUCUUCCUGCAUCAGGCCCCCUAGAAGCUUCCCCAGGUGGAGGUAGAGAGGCCUGGCCUCUGGGCCGGUGGUCCCAACCCUGUGGCAGGCUAGCCCUGCUCUCGCCUCUUAGUGUGUAUGCUGGCUUCACUCUUGGUUGUGGCCCAUAGGUCGCCCUGUGCACAGCAGUGCUGCUUGUGCCCCGGCCUUCAGGGGGUGCUGAGAAGCUGGAGCCUUCCACGUGUAGGUGUGUCCCCAGCUGACCUCUGACUUGUGAACCUUGUACUGUACACUCCAGUUGCUGGGGUUACAGGUGUGCAAGGUAGAGGUUUUGGAAGAGGGUGGUCCCAUUUCUGCCUGCCCUGUGCCACUGCCAUCCAGCUGUCCCCAACAUCCGCCCAAGUCAGGCUUGCUCUUCUGGCAGGCUUAGCCUUGGGGGUGGGGCAGCCAGCCAGACGGGUUCCACGGGUGCCUAGGACCUGUAGGGGUGGGCCAAGGUCAGGCACCCUCCCCUAGGGAGGGGCACUCGGAUAGCCAGCAGCAAGCAGACCAGAGACUGGUCAGAGCAGGCGGGCACCCCCACCAGCCAGGAGAAGGAGGCAUCAAGGUUCCAGUUAACCUGAGGAUCCGGCCCUGUUUGGGGUGACUCGCUCCAGAGCAGCCCCUUCCCCAGGACUCCUUGCCCAUCCCUCCUGACGCCCUGCCUGACCACCUCCCCGCAGGUCGGGCCCGGAUGCCGUGCCCGCGGCCUCCCUGGCUCCGCCGCCCGCGGACCCCUCAGGGCUCGGGUCCCAGCUCCCCGGGCGCGCCAUCUGCGCCCCGCUGCCCCGACAGAGGCGAGGAGGACGACGCGGAGGAGGACGAGGGCGAUGGCUGCCCCGCCUUGGGCCCCAUCCUGCCGCCCACCUCGCCCAUGGAGUGCCUCAUCUGCGUGUCGCCCUUCGACGGCGUGUUCAAGCUGCCCAAGCGCCUGGACUGCGGCCACGUCUUCUGCCUCGAGUGCCUGGCGCGCCUGUCGCUGGCCACGGCGGGCGGCGGCGACGCGGUGGCCUGCCCGGUGUGCCGCGCGCCCACGCGCCUGGCGCCGCGCCGCGGGCUGCCCGCCUUGCCCACGCAGCCGGGCCUGCUGCCCCGCGACGCGCGCGCGCCGCCGCCGCGCCAGGGCUCCGUGCGCUUCGACCGCCGCCGCGGGCUGCUCUACCUGCGGCCGCCGCCGCCGUCCCCCGGGCCCCGCAAGAGCCGCGCCGCGCGCGCGCCGCCGCCGCCGCCGCCGCUGCGCCUCGGCCGCCCGCUGUCGCGCCGCCUGACGCUGAGCAGCCCGGCCUGGGCCUUCAACGCGGCCGUGGCGCUGGCCGUGCUGGUGGCCGCGGGCCUCGUGGUCUCGGGCGUCUACAUCUUCUUCCUGAUCCCGCACGCCGCCUCCGCCGGCCCCGCGCGGCCGCAGCUCGUGGCGCUUGCCCCGGCACCUGGCUUCUCCUGGUUCCCGCCGCGGCCCACGCCAGGGGCGCCCUGGACGCCGCGCCCGGCUGGCCCUGACCUGGACAGCGCCCCGCAUGGGACUGCGGUGGGCGCGCUGCAGCACGAGGGCGGCCCUGAGGACCCAGCCCAGGCAGAGGGGACGCCGGACAGCCCACCAGACCGCACGUGGGGGACAGAGGGUGGCCCCGGCUGGACCCCGCGCGUGCGGGGCGGGAGACGGGUGUGGGGAGCGCGGUAAAUGCCUCGGUGCCUCAGGGCUGCUCUCCAGGCUGGGGACCUCAGGCCGACCCCAGGCCCUUAGCAGGUGCACUGCAAGCACCCAUGGUAUUUCACCAUGGGACAGACCCCCUCCGGCAGCAGCCACUGCCACCAUUCCACAGGGAUCCUCGGGAACACACCUGAUCCCCGUGGGAGUUCACCUGGAGAUGCCUGCGAUUCCCAGGGUUGUCCAGCUGAGAGUGCCCUGGCCUGACAUUUGCAAGGGUUUCUCUGGGAGUCAUUUCUGAACCUCAGCCCUGAACUUGAAAGAGUGCUGCGGAAGAAUCCCCAGCGGGACCAGGGUUGAAGGUUCUGAUCCACUCCUCCUUAGGGUGCACUGCAGGCUGUGAGGGCCCCAUCUUUGGAGAGAAAAAUUGCUGUUGAUCCCUCCUAGCCAUGCCCCUCCACCGUCCCUUGCAGGGGACAACUACCCCCACACCAAGUGUGUGGGUUCUUUUGUUUGUUUUUCUCUCUACUGCCUGCAGGAUGGGCAUGGGAAUACAUUUAUACUCUGGCUGGGACUUAGGCUCAGAGGGGCAGGGGUGACCCGACCAGGGAUGGUUAGGACCCUGUCUAUCUCUGUCUCUUUCUUGAGUACCAGGGAUUGAACCCAGAGGCACUUAACCUCUGAGUCACAUCCCCAGUCCUUUUUACUUUUGAAACAGGGUCUCAGCGAGUUGCUUAGGGCCUUGCUAAGUUGCUGAGGCUGGCUUUGAACUUACGAUCCUUCUGAGCUCUUGGUAUUACAGGUAUUGCAUACCCAGCAAGGCCCUAUCUCUUGAAGACUGGCUGCUACCCUGUUUCUAAGUGCCAAACUGCUCAGGGAGACUUGACUUCUCCUCUGGAUCAUGGCUUCUGCAAACUUCCCAACAUGCUGUGGGGCAGCUGUGGUCAUCAUGGCUUACAGAAGCCAAGGUCACCCUCCGAGUGACAUGAUUUGUGACUAUGGGAGUCCUGGACUUACCUGGCUAGCCUGAGUGAUUCUGGCCCCUCUCUAUGCCUGCCAGAGUCCCUAUUGCCCUGAUUAAUUUCCAGGGGCCAACUUCUUUUUUAUUUGUUCUUCCCAGUUAUACAUGACAGUAGACUGUAUUUUGACAUAGCAUGCGCACAUGGAGUAUAACUUCCCACUUUUGUUGCACAUGAUGUGGAGUUACACUGGUUGUAUAUU